CGUAGAGCGGGGACAGCAUUCCAUUAGUUCGUCCGGCCCCCGCGCGGCGUUACGUUCACAGCUCCGCGUCUAUACAAAGAACGCCUCCAUGUUAAAAAUCUGUGAUGUAUUGAUUAAUUCCAACGUUAUUCAAACAUAAAAGACUUUCCUGUGCGAAAUCUAACGCGUUCCGUCUAUAACAAAAACAGUUUCAGUGAACAUUGUGCGUUUUAGAAGGGGCCACGUCCCGUGAAAUUCCACUUUUAUCGACACAUAGAAUCUUGUGUGCGAGUCGAACAUGGUGGACUGCGGCGCGAGUGAAAUCGUCUUAGUUGUGUUAUAAAUUCGUGAAUGUAAAAUACUAAAUAUGGAUUGGUAUAUGAGUGUUUAGAUAGUGUUCGGAUAAAUUGUACUGCAACAAUGGUAUCCUACGGUUACUUCGGGCUGCGCCAGACACCUUGGACGCUCCUCGUUUUAAUUUUCAUCGUCGAAAGCGUCAUGGGGAACUUCGCCAAAUCAUUCUACAUACAUUGGAACACCACAAACAGCAUAUUUAGAAUAGACAACACAGAUCACGUAUUCGACUUAAAUAAAGGAAACGCUCAGUUUGAAUAUGACCAAGUGAACAUAAUAUGUCCUUUCUACACUCCCGGAACGUUUGAGGACGACACGGAAAAAUAUAUUAUCUAUAAUGUAAGCAAAGAAGAAUAUGAUACGUGUAGAAUUACUAACCCAAACCCACGAAUCAUAGCGAUAUGCGAUAAACCGCACAAAUUAAUGUAUUUUACAAUUACAUUUCGACCGUUUACACCUCAGCCUGGGGGGCUAGAGUUUCUUCCAGGCAAGGACUAUUACUUUAUAUCCACGUCCAGUAAGGACGAUCUGCAUAGGCGCAUCGGAGGGAGGUGCCUUAGCCAUAACAUGAAGCUAGUCUUCCGAGUGUGCUGCAAGCCUGAGGAGGGGCAGGCUCCAGCUCCACAGACGCCUCCCCCUCCGCCGUUGCCACCCACUUUCCCCCCGACCACUACCACGACCACGACCGUGAAGCCAGUUACGAAAAAGACGCACAAGUAUGACAAAUCUCCAAACGAAGUUGUGAAAAGCGAGGAGCUCUCCUACUCUCGCGGGGCGGCCCUGGCAUCUUCUAUCGCGUUGGCUCUGGCUGCUAUCUUUGUACUGGCGCCACUGGUCCGGUGAAUGUGUGUUAAAGCGGCCCGGCGACCGCAACGCGAGGCAAAGCCCGACACACAGACUUUGCAUUAUCUGCGACCUGACUCUAUUAUCUAUGCGUGAAUCUGUGGGUGAUUAGUGACUUUCCUAGUAUCCAGUUCCGUGACGUUUACGUUUUAGUGUAAGCCUAAUGUAAGGCCUAUAAUCGAAGAUCUUAGAAGGUACUGUAGUUGCAUUAAAGGUUUUCGAAUCGUUAGGAUUAAAUUUUUUAUAUUUUCACUAACGCAAUGAAGGAUAUUUGAUUAAGGAUACAGUUAGGUCAUUUAGGUUUCAAAAGACUUUCCACCUAACGCUUAAUUUAACGAAAUUCGCGGCGAAAUUCGUCGCCAUACUGUGAUUUUUGGUUUUAUUUAGAAUGUAAUUUUCUAUUCUUUGUGAUAUCGAAUAUGUGCAUUUUUUUCUCGACUGAUUUUGAAGCUUUUUUUAUUGAUUUAACGCUAUUUUUUCGUGACUCACGUCAUUCACUCGUUUUGAGUUGGCAUUCAAAUCUUGCCAUAGUCUAAUUACCAUCUUGCAUUCAUCUGUUCUUGAUUUUAUCUGUAUCGGAUCAUCAAUCACAUAAAUACAAAAGAAUUCCACGAAAGAGGUUUUACACCACACGUACCUUUAUGAAUGCUGGCCGAAAAAAAAAGAAACAUUCCAAGAGGGCUGUCAAGCCACAGAUAAUAGAUGAUUUCUGAUACAGAUAAUCGUUCUUCAGCACAUCAGUGCCAUUACAAUUAAUAGUAAAAUAGUCAAGUAGUUGAAAUAGUCCGGUUUUCUUUUAGACAUACUCAUUUAGUGGCAGUCUAUAUUUUUAAAUAGCACUUAAGGUUUUCAAACGUUUGAGUUUCAUAUUGUAUUAACGGUAAUGCCAAUAAACAUAAUCUUCUUAGAAGCCCUGUGUAAUCUACGUAAUUAUGAAGUGGGUGAAAAAUAUCUUAUUUAACGUCGACUGAAGGUUGAAUAUGUAUAUCUGAAAUAACCAGAACUAUAUACGCAACAUUCAUUUUAACUCGGUGAAUUAAAACAGGAACAUAUUUUAAAUCCGUUCUAAAUUAAAAUGCGUCUUCGUAAUAAGUAAUAGAAUAAAGUUAAGCACGUAAUAAUCUAAAAUGAAAGCUAAUGCGUAUACAAUAAUAAUUAAUUGACCAAAUUCUCUUUGGCAAAUAAAUAAAAACGCUAACAUAUCUUAUUCGUUCUAAAUUUCAAUUAUCGUUUAAAAAGAACUAGAGACUGCAAUAAUUAUUUGUUACAAUCUUAAAUUACUAUACAAAGUCAGAGUUUCGUAAACUAAAACGCGAUUAGCAACACUUUCUAUAUUUAAACGAUUGAACUUAGAACAAAAAACAAUGAAUCAUAAAUACGUUCUAAAUUUAAAUUAUGACAGGCUAUAGGUAGAAUAUUUGCUAGGCCCAUAUCCGGUUACUAUCCGCCCCGUUUUUCGUAAGGUUUCUUUGUCUAAUUUCCGUUAUUGAGAUGUUACGUUUACAAAAACAAUCAAGAAAAGGGCACAGGCUAUAAACUUUUUUUUAUUAUUAUGCACUAUACAAUAUAUUUUCAAUCUAUGGUCGUUUUCCUGAGUUACUUUACUAACGUAAAAACCAAAUGCUUGUAAAAUAAAUAACAUAAUCUAUCAUGCGUUAUAUUGGAACGAGAACACAUUUGGUGAGAAAUACAUUUGGGGUAAGUAUAAGACAUUUUUGAAUUGAUUUUUUUUUGGGAAAGUCUAGCCCCUUCUGUGAUCCUUUUUUUUUAUAGAACAGGAUAUUAAAAUAGGAAUUAAACCGUUGAUUUGUGUUCAUAUAUUGAAUAAUCCAGAUUAUGGUCUCGACCUCGUAUUUAUAUCUGUAUCUUUUCUUUUAAUAGGCAGGUAGGUGAUCAGGCCUAGCUGACCCGGGAUUAGACUUACCUCACUAUGUUUUCUUUCCGUUGGAGCGAGUUUUAAAUGCACGUAUCGCUGGGGUUUUAAUGAUUCAACCUUAGGAUCCUAUGUCCUCCAGCUGGGGCAGAAGACAUCCAAGUAUACCAAGCCUGUUCGAUUCUUAGGUAUGUAUUUUUUUUAAUUUCGCUUCAAGUCAUUCCAAUUCGAAUAAACUCGUAGCUAAGUGUAUUCAACCACGUUUCCUUUGAGAGCUUGCUUGGCAAUGUCUACAUCUUUAAGCGUGACACAACCUAUAAACUGUGUUUAAAAUAAAUAAAUUGUAUCAUAGGACAAUCAUUAGUUAUUUAAUAUUUCAAAUCCAUUAAUUAAUCAAAGCCAUACAACAAAAAAGCUGAUCUUUGUCCGCCAUUUUGUCUAUAGGUUUCAAAGUUGAAAUAUUAAUACUGUUAAUUGAUUAAUAUAUUAAACUGCAACUUAAGAGGUUUUUCAGGUUAAAUUUAACAGCUUACAAAAAUGUUUUUAAGCCUAGUCCUUUUUAUUAUUGUUGUCUCUUUUCAUUAGAGCUUAAACGCGCUUUGUCAGAAAGAGACGGAUGAUGUUUGUCUGUUAGAUGUUAUUAGUGGCAGCUUCUCACUUCGUCUUAGAUAUUUUUAAAGGAAAUGUGAAAUAUCAGAGACUUUUUUUACAUUUACGGAUAACAGAGUCCAAUGUGCUUUAAAUCGAUUUUAGUAAAAUGAAACAUACGUUUCUGAGAUUAUUCCUUAUUUAAAAUGGACUUCAAAUGGCUGUCAAAGUAAAAAUUAGUCCCUUCCAUCUGGAACGCAUAUCUAUGCGUGAACUAAAAACUACUUAAUAGAUUUUAAUGAAACUUUUUCUGUUAACUUAUUUAUUAUGACAUUAACGAAAUAUUUAAAAAUAUGGAUUUUUUUUUGUCACGGAAACAAAAAAACGGUCAGACUAUUCACAGAGCGUGCUUGCAUUUACUUUGCACCUAAUUCGGAUUUCAAUUUGUUUUUGAUAUAAAUAAUAUAUGUAUGGUAUUUAAAAAUCAAAAUUACCACGUAGCAAACCUCAAAUGCGACGCCAUCUUGUCUAGAGACGCGCUUUGGCGGGUUAUUGAAGUUAUGAUUUUUACUUUUUAAAGUCGCAUAAUUAAAAACAUUUGUAUCGGUUCUUUAGUUACUAAUAAAUUUGUUAUUUAAAUCAUUUCGAUUAGUCUAUAUUUUAAAUCAUUCAAUUCAUGAAGUGAACAUAAUGUCCUGGUUAGAAAGUUAUUUGAAAUUUAAGGUUUUUGAAACGAUUCACAGUUUAUAUAACAAUGGUUUAUGCUUGAGAUAUGACAGUUGUCAAAAAGCAUCUUUUAUACUAGUAUAGACUAUGAAUGCUCUUCUAUGAAUUAUCCAUAAAAUCGAUUCAAUUAAUCCAAAUAGACUUCUGAAAAAAGAAACUUUCAGCGAACCCUGUCCCGUGCUGGCUUUCAUCUGCAGCAGGCCCUCCUGCACUCUGUCCAAUGAGUACCUAGGCUGACCUAUUGGUCUCACUAGGCCGGCCGGCCGGUAAGCUUCCUUCGCCGCCCGAUCUUGGCCUAAGCUAAGUUAAUAUUCUUAAACUAGUAAUUUACCUUCUGUAAUACGUCGCACGACAUUUUUAAGGAGGUUUUGCCACGCAAGAUCCUUGCGGAACAAUUUUCCCAAAAAAAAAAUUUUUUUUCUGUAAUCCGAUGAAUACAUACGGUUAUGAUUUGAAACCUUCAACUUCAUACAAUUAAACGUCCAUCAUCCAUGCACAAAUGAAUGCAUUAAUUAACUUAUAUAAUAACAAAUAUACGGAAAUAUACUUAUAUAAAUCAUUAUGAAAACCGGGGCUAGUAACUCCCAAUAGCAGUAGUGAUCCUUUCAAACUUAGUCUGC